AUGAAUAAAAUAUCAAAACGUCCAAGAACUACAUUAGAACAGAAAAUAAUGAUCUUAAACCAUCAUCAUAAAUCACAAAAUUCACAAGCUGAAACCGUGAACCAUUUCAAAACCAAAUAUUCAAUAUCAACAUCAAGUUUUAGUGAAUGGUUAAAAGAUGAACAAAACCUAAGAUCAUUAUAUAACAAUUCAAAUGAAUUCUUAAGAAACUCCAAAAGGAAAUUAAACUUCAAAUAUGAUAAAAUAAAUAAAGAAAUGGAUAAAAUUGUUCAAUCAGCAUUACAAGAAAAUCAAGUUAUUAAUGAACCAAUGCUUAGACAACAUUGGUGUAAAUUAGUUUCAAUUUAUGGUGUUCAAGAUCCCAAAAGAAUAUCAAGUUUUAGUCAUGGUUGGUUAACUCAAUUUAAGAAAAGAAAUGGGAUUUCAAAGAAUAAGAAACCUAUUGAAUUGGUUGAGAAUGAUUAUGAUUUAUUUGAUUCAAAUUAA